GUUAAUUUACCCGCCUAAUCCAACUGUUCACAGCAGCAGUAUCCUCAAAGUCGUAUUUCCUACUCAUCUUCCUCUCUCCCACCUUCUAUUUAGAAAGUAUUUGAAAGAAAGAAGAUGUCAGCAACAAAGAUUUCCUACCUAAUUCAGACCGAUUCUUACUUAAAUUACCAGCCAAAUCAUGUAUUCGUCAACCCUAGAAGGAGGAGGAGCAAUGGAUUCAUUUUCACCAACCCAAACCUCAGAAUUUCCAACCUUUCAAGUCUCCUUAAUACCCAGAUUAAGUCAAGGGGUUCGAUUAAACUUCCAAGAAGAACGGUUAAUUGCAGUAAAAGUGAUUCAGAUAGAGAAAUGGUUGAAACAGAUUCUUCUAUGGAUUGUGUUGGGACUGGUUAUAAUGUUGAAUGUGUAGUUGAUGAAACAUCUGAAGAAACAGAUAGAUUUUUGCAGAAAAAGAUUGAGAGUUUUGAAAUUGAAGAAAAGGAUGGAAAUUCUGAGUUGGGUUUUGUUAAAGGAGUUUUAGAAUGGGGUUUGUUGAUUUCCCCAUUUUUCUUCUGGGGAACAGCAAUGGUGGCGAUGAAGGAAGUUUUUCCGAAGGCUGGACCUUUUUUUGUUUCGGCUUUUCGGUUAAUUCCUGCAGGGUUUAUGUUGGUUGCAUUUGCUGGGUUGAGAGGGAGAAAACAACCUUCUGGUGUUAUGGCUUGGGUUUCAAUAGUUUUGUUUGGACUUGUUGAUGCUGCUUGUUUUCAGGGAUUUCUGGCUGAAGGUUUGCAAAGGACAUCUGCUGGUUUGGGCAGUGUAAUCAUCGAUUCACAGCCUUUGACUGUGGCUAUACUUGCAUCCUUGUUGUUCGGUGAAUCCAUUGGGGUGGUCGGAGCUGCAGGUCUUGUGCUUGGUGUUGUUGGACUUCUACUACUUGAGUUACCUGCACUUUCACUUGAAGGGAGUAACUCUUCACUUUGGGGGAGUGGGGAAUGGUGGAUGCUUCUUGCUGCUCAAAGCAUGGCAGUGGGAACAGUCAUGGUUCGCUGGGUGUCCAAAUACUCUGACCCUAUCAUGGCAACUGGAUGGCAUAUGGUUAUUGGUGGCGUCCCUCUGCUGGCCAUUUCCAUACUCAAUCAUGAUCCAGCAAUUAGUGGGGGUCUCAAGGAGCUUAAUACCAAUGAUAUUUUAGCACUCAUCUAUACAUCCAUCUUUGGAAGUGCUAUCAGCUAUGGCGUCUACUUUUACAAUGCAUCAAGAGGCAGCUUAACGAAGCUCAGUUCUCUCACUUUUCUAACCCCAAUGUUUGCUUCAAUAUUUGGGUUCUUAUAUCUUGGUGAAACUUUCUCUGAACUGCAACUUUUUGGAGCACUGGUAACCGUGGUUGCGAUUUACAUGGUCAACUAUCGCACCGGUACUAAUAAUACUAUCGAGUGAGGAAUAGUCACAAAGAGGCUUUUGAAGUUAAAUACACAUGACAUUAUAUACAUGUCCUGCUACUGUUUUCGGCUUGUCAGAAAGCGUGACGCAUUGUCAUAAAGAGUUGUGCACAAAAGUGUAAAAGUCAUACACACUAUAUACACGACACUAUAUACAGGUCCAGGAAGAAGUAGAAAAGAAAGAUUUGAGAUUUCAGGGUCGAAGAUGGAUUAGUGGGAUGUAGGCGGUUUACCGGAAGUUUAAUUGGAAACAAGAGGUAUUCUACAACCUCAUCACCAGAUUGAUUGUUGUAGUUAAAAGUUGUUGUAAUUGCCGGUUUAGACCACCUCACAAGAGCUACAAUUGCGUAAGAUGAACUAGAUACAAUAUCCCAAAGCUAUUUAGACCUUUGAAUAAUUCCC